UCAUCAGUCAAUUAAUCUUCUUCCAUUAACACAGUUCCUACUUUUCUGCAAACUAUCAUGAAGACUUUUACUGCAAUUUUAUUUGUUGCUUCAAUUGCUGUAUGUUCAGCCGAUAUUUCCCUUAAAUUAAGGGAGAACGAUUUUUCCACGAGUAACGAAAAUGGAGCAUAUCGUUUUGGUUUCAAUGACGGUCGUCUAGCUCGACAGGAAGAACGUUCGGCUGAAGGAGUUGUCCGAGGAGCAUAUCGUUACGUUGAUGCCAAUGGAGAAGUUCAGACAGUCAUUUACACAGCUGAUAAGCACAAUGGAUUUGUGGCUUCUGGAUCGAAUAUCCCUCAAGCUCCAGAACCUCUACAGAAUCGUGGUAACAUCGAAGUAGUUCCAGCAAGUGCUCCAAUUGAUGAUACACCCGAAGUAAAGGCAGCUAGAGCUGAACACUUGGAAGCAUACCAACGAGCUCUUCGUGGACUUAAUGUCCUUCCCCAACCAAUCGUUGGACAACUUCCCGUCCAAGUACAAUACACUCCAGAGGUUGCUGCAGCUCGUGCUCAACACAUUAAUGCCCUAAAUCAGGAAUACUUACGCAUCGGUUAUAACAACUAUCCACUUGUAUAUGCCAGUCAACCAAGAGUCCAGUAUGUCAUCCCUGCUCCACAAUACCAUCCAGACUACUUGCCUUAUGCUGCUUUGUAAGAAGUCUAAAAUGUUUUUAUUUCGAUGAAAUAAAAUUUAAACUUUGUUGAAAAAAUGUAAGUUUAUUUAUUUUGUUUGGCCAUGACUCGCCUGUUAACGUCUUUUACAACAAACUAAAAUAAAAUGUUUACAAACAAUU